UCAACCUCAAACCCAAUCCCCUCCUCGCUCUCAAAUUCAGGAUCCUCCUCCUUUCUCGCUCAGGCAGAAGGUGAUAGGCGUGAACACUUUCCUUGCCCGAUCCCUCUCUGGCUCGAGGUGCUAGGUGUGAACAGUCUGGGAUGACAGUGUCAAGUUGCAGACCUGCUCUACCAGCACAUCCUCUUCUUCCUCCAUGACAGACACUGUCAGGAAGAUAAAAGACAUCUGUAAGCUGAAACAACAAACACACAAACUCAGUCGACGUUAGCUCAGUGUUAUGAGACUUCAGUCGAUCGCAGUGUCAUCUUCUUGCGUUUCAAAGUUUGUGCUACAACAUCUGUGCAACUGAGGUGCUCUGUGAGUUUACAUACAAUGGCACAGCCCACUGGACACAGACAGAAAUUAGGGGACAGCCAUGCAGGUCAAACUGGAGCUGUCGUUUUCUUUUCAAACCCAUUGAUGAGUGAUAUCCAGUCUGAUUGGUCUCCAAUUCAUGAUGCAGCCUACAACGGCCAUGCUCUAAGUCUGCAAAAGCUUAUUGCUCAGGGAGCAUGUGUGAACUUGGCCACCCUGGACAGAGUCUCUCCCCUCCAUGUAGCAUGUCUACAGGGCAACACUGCAUGUGCCAAGAUGCUGAUAGACAAUGGGGCUAAUCUGAACUCACCCACUGUGGAGCAGACCACUGCCCUGUCUCAGGCCUGUGACCUGGGCCAUGUGGCCUGUGUGACCCUGCUCCUGCAGCAUGGGGCUGUGCCCCAGGGCUCUUGCCUCUCAGACUCGCCCAUCCACAGAGCUGCAGCCAAAGGUCACCUGGAGUGCAUAGAGACGCUGGUUCAUCAUGGUGCAGAUGUGAAUCACAAUGUCGACCAAUCAGUGUCCCCGCUUUACACUGCCAGCACCAAUCAGCAUCUCAGCACUGUGAGGAGAUUGCUUCAGCUGGGUGCAAGUGUGAACAGCAGUGAGAAUGGGGAGUCUCCCCUGCAUGCUGCGGCUCGUAGCUCCAGUCCUGACCUGGUCUCGGUCCUCCUGGAUCACGGAGCAGACUGCUCCAGCAGGAACGCCCAGGGCAAGCUCCCUGUGGAUCUGGCCCCUCCCAACAGUCUGGUGGAGAAACUCCUCACCCAGAGAGGAGAAAGCACAUCACUCCCUCAUGCCUCAUAGUCUGGGAUUACCUCUGGGGUCUGUUCAUGAAUAAUCAGUCAUUUUGUAGUUUGAUACUGUUUUACGAUAAAGAUAUAGCUUUAUCAUGUCA